UCAUUUACAUCUGAUGUCACGUCAUGGUGAUAAAAAUGAGUGACAGGAGUGAGAGCAAACAUUCUCACUCCCAAACCUUUUAGUUUAAUGUUUUUAUUCAUAUUGAACCUCAGUGAUGAAUAAAUUAACAUAAAUCACCCUGGUCAAACAUGUCGACACCUGAAGCUCAAUCUGGACCCGGAUGCUUCUCGUCACCAUGGAGACGACCAGAUGUUCUGCUGAUUCAUCAUUCUGAGAAGGCGACGCAGGUUCUUGGCGUCUCACGUCUGGACGACAACUCCCAGAAUGCUGCAGGUUGGUUGGUUUUCCUCCUCUUUUCCACUGAGGUCAAUGAGCAGUAGAGAGGAAGGACAUUUCGACCUCACCCCACAAUGCAUGCUGGCUAGAAAUGUCACAACAUGAAAACCACCUGUUCUGAACCACCAGACGCCAGAGAUGUGCUCUGAUUAGAUGAAGGCUUCACUGACAUGACGUCUCAGGUUCACACGUUAUAAGAUAAACCUUUAUUCGUCAUCACUUCAGUUUUCAUUUUCAUACACCUCCACCCCUCAACCUGUGUUCAUACACCUCCGUCCCUCACCCUGUUGAUACACAUCCACCCCUCAACCUGUAUGUGUUCAUAAACAGCGUAACAGCGUUUUUUUUCUUUAAGAAAUAUGUAAACAUAUGAACAUGUAAAUAUAUCAACAUAUAAGAGAUGUGUGUUUAUGAUCACAUGAUGUAGACUGUGACCUCACAGUCACGUGACUGUCAGUGGGGUCAUGUGACCUGGAGCAUAAAAUUAGCAGCAAUGGGUCUGAGGUCAGGUUUCAGAGGAGACGCAUAAUGGACGACAACGACUUCUGUUGUGCCACAUAAUACUACAGUACUACUGUGGUCCCACGAGGUGAGUACUGUCACACUACAGUACUACUGUGGUCCUACAAAGAUGGUCAGAGUUCAUCUCACCUGACCACUGGUACACUGUGACAUCAUCAUGGUGGGCGUGGCUGUGGGCAGCUCGGUCAGCUCCAUUAAAGCUCUGUGGGAGACAAGGAUCAGGAAGAACAAGGAGGAGAGGAGGAGCCAUGAUCGGGGGGGCGGGGCCAGUGGAAGAUUGUGUGUCGGUGUUUGGGAGGACCGGGCGGUUCUGGCUCGACUCAAACAGAAGCUGCAGAUGGAAGACGGACGACUGAUCCUCCGGAUCGAACACGAGGAGUGGAAGUCUUUGCCGGGCUGUCUGGUCCAGCUCAGUCAGGUCCAGGAGUGGCAGAUCCACCGGACCGGACUGCAGAAGAUCCCUCACUUCAUCUCAAGUUUCCAGAACCUUUUGGUUCUUGAUUUGUCCCGCAAUGGGAUCAAUGAGAUCCCCAAACAGAUCGGGAAGGUGACCCGGCUCAGAGAACUGCUGCUGAGCUACAACAGAGUCCAGUUUGUUCCUGAAGAGCUGAGCUCGUGUGAGAAUCUGGAGAGACUGGAGCUGGCCAUGAACCGAGACCUGGACCACCUUCCAGACCAGUUCAGGAACCUGAAGAAGCUGCAGCACCUGGAUCUGUCCAUGAACCACUUCACCUCCCUGCCGGACUGCGUUGUGGGGCUGCCGGCGCUCGAGUGGCUCGAUAUGGGCGGAAACCGACUGCAGCACUUACCUGAAGACAUACACAGGAUGGAGAAGCUUCACACUCUGUGGCUGCAGAGGAACAAGCUCGAGAAACUCCCUGAAAACAUCAGCAGGAUGUCCAGUCUGGACACUCUGGUCCUCAGCAGCAACCGGCUGAGAGACAUCCCCCCUCUGAUGGAUGACAUGUCCCGCCUCAGGUUCGUGAACUUCAGGGACAACCCUCUGACUCUGGACGUGACGCUGCCCAGCAGGAAGACAAAGGCAGAGGACGAUGAAGACGAUGAUGAAGAUGACAGAGAGAUGUUUGGACGAGAGUUCAUGAAGAUUUAUAUCCAGGAGGCGAGAAAGAGGUCUUACGCUGUUGUCAACAUGCACUGCGUCAACCACGAAUGUUUGGGCUGAAACUAAGAGUUCCUUCUUCUGCUGCGUGAUGAGAGCUGAAAGACUCAACUCUGCUACACACACAGUUUCACUUCAUCAAACACAAACAUGUUUGUUUCGUUUCUGUGUCGAACAUUUUCAUUUUCUCUUUGUUUGAAAAAUGACAGAAAACAAUAAAAAUGUUUCAAGUUGA